AUGUCGUCCAACCCUCGGAAACGACCUGCUGCAGGCGUUACUCCGAUAGUUCCCAUUCCUCAGAUGUCGCCAUCGUACUCUCCGGUCCAAACCGAUCAGCUGUUCAGGUGGAACGGUAUGGACGGCAACGGCUUCGUCGAUCCCGGAACUCCCGAUGUGAACGCCUACGCAAUGCUGCCAACAUCGACUUCGUACGGGCAGACAGUCCCCGCGCCUUCCACGGCCCUCGCACGGCGACAGAAUAGCCGGGUCCUCGUUCCUACAGCACCUAGGACGCCCUUCAACGGUGGAGCAGACAGCUGGAACGGAUACGGCGAAGAUCAUGGCUAUUUGCAACCAGCGAACGCGACCAUGGACGAGCAAGACAACAUUGAACGGCUGGAGGAGAUGGCAGCGCGAGCAAAACGGGAGGCGCAGGCGAAGAGGAAGCAGAUACCCCCCUUUGUUCAGAAGCUUAGCAGCUUUUUGGAUGAGUCUAGGAACACUGACCUGAUCCGCUGGUCUGAUAAGGGGGAUUCGUUCAUUGUUCUUGAUGAGGAUGAGUUUGCCAAGACAUUGAUCCCCGAACUCUUCAAACACAAUAACUAUGCCUCGUUCGUGCGCCAGCUGAACAUGUAUGGUUUCCACAAGCGCGUGGGGCUCUCCGACAACUCCAUGAAGGCCAGUGAGAGAAAGAACAAGAGCCCAAGCGAAUAUUACAACCCGUACUUCCGCCGCGGCCAUCCCAACUUGCUGUGGUUGAUCAACAAGCCCAAGAGCGGCAGCAAGAAGAAGGGGAAGAAGGAUGAAGGCGAUGUGGAAAGUGAAGAAGACGGUGUUGAAGAGACGUACAACGGAGAAAACGUGGGUGGUUCCCAGUCCGGGCGAGGCCCGGUCUCCCACGAUCUUGGUCCCCUGCAAAAGAAGGAUCUGAUGCAGGUCAAGGCCCAGAUCGAGAGGAUUCAGCAGCAGCAGGUUGCUAUUUCCAACAUGCUGAACAAGAUGCGCCAAGAUCAAAAUCAACUCUACCAGCAGGCCAUCCUAUUCCAGAACAUGCACGAGCGCCACGAAAACUCCAUCAAUGCCAUCCUCAACUUCUUGGCCAAUGUGUUUCGGAAGUCGCUGGAAGAGCAGGGUGGCACGCAGACCGUCCAAGACCUCCUCGCUAGCAUAAUUCCGAACUCGCAAGCUCAUGCUCAAGCUCAAAUAUCUCCGACAGGCGGAGUCGUUGACCUCGGUGGUUUCGUCAACCCCGGGCAGCGGCCCCAGGCUGUCGCCGCUGUAGGCACUCCAAAGCGGCAGCAACGCCUGCUGCCUCCGAUCCCACUUCAUCAACCGAACAAGGCAUCAUCGUUUUCUUCAUCGACCGCGAUGACGCCAACACCUCCACCGGCAACUCACGCGCCCCGCGUGGGGACGGUUACAGAGCUAUUCGACACCUCGCCUUCCGCGGACCCCACAUCCCCAGCCUACAUUAAGAAAGAGCUGCGGACCAAUCCUCAGGAGGGCAUGAUGAAGAUCAUUCAAGACACCAACGCGGUCAAUAGCGGCGCGGGACUCGACUUACCCGGUAUGGCCGCCAAGACCGCUCCCAGCAUGAGUGACAACCAGCGCGCACAGAUGCUCAACAUCAUGGCCGGUAGCAAUCCUGCUGUGCCCCCUGUGACAACCAGCCCCGUCGCCCCAGUGAAUCCCCAAACGGCGGCUUCCAUUCCAGCCGCAAACCUUGCGCUCUCCCCUAGCUUGUCCUCGCUCCGAAUGCCAUCCCUGCAGGAGAUGCAAACCACCCAAGCCGAGCUCGACGCCCUACAGCAGUUAUCAAAAGAACAGGCAAACCAGAUCGACGCGCUCACCCAGCUGCUUGGCCCGCUCAGCCCCUCGGGCCGCAUCCCCGGCGUCGACGAACACGGCAACCCCAAUCACAGCUACUUUGACAAUGUCGACUACGACCAGUUCAUCAACACUAAUGCGUUCUCGGACGGCAACUAUGAGGGUGCAGACCUGAACGGAGUGGGUGGCGUGCCCGGCACCGGUACGGACGGGGCGGAUUUCAACUUUAGUCUGGAUGGAACCACUGCCGAUUACGUUCCCGGUGCCGCGGAGGCCAUUGCCGGUGGUUCCAGCACUACCGGGCUGACCGGAGACAGCUCCAGUUCCGGACCGGCGUCGAACAACCCGCCUAGCCCGUCUGGUACGGAAGAGAUCACCAGGGCGGAAUUUGAGAGCCCUGAGCGCGGGAACAAGCGCAGGAGGAAGGGCUAA